AUGGAAAAAGCUGGUGCGCAUCGUAAGUUGCAACUACAAGAGCUGGAAGAAAUUCGAAAUGAUGCUUAUGAUAAUUCCAGAAUAUACAAAGCAAGAACCAAGGCAUUGCAUGAUCAAUUAAUUUCUAGGAAACAAUUUUUAGUUGGUCAAAAAAUUUUGCUAUAUGAUUCUAGACUGAAGUUAUUUCCUGAAAUAAGAAGUAUGGACACCACCAAGUCAUUCAAGGUCAAUGGCCAUCGUUUGAAGCAUUUUUAUGAGAAUUUCGAGCCACAACAGGUUGAGGAGGUUAAUCUCAGUGAUUUUCCUCCAUUUCCUUAA